GCCGCGGAGACAGCCACGGGCGGUUGUACGCGUGCGCGGGUUUGGAGGCUUCUCUGGCGGUGCAUGGUGGAAAAUGGCGGCGGCUCAGGCUGUGGAGGAGAUGCGGACUCGCGUGGUUCUGGGAGAGUUUGGGGUUCGCAAUGUCCACACCACUGACUUCCCGGGUAACUAUUCGGGUUAUGAUGAUGCUUGGGAUCAGGACCGCUUCGAGAAGAAUUUCCGUGUGGAUGUAGUACAUAUGGAUGAAAAUACAUUGGAAUUCGACAUGGUGGGAAUUGAUGCUGCCAUCGCUAAUGCUUUCCGGAGAAUUCUGUUAGCUGAGGUGCCCACAAUGGCUGUGGAAAAGGUUCUGGUGUAUAAUAACACAUCCAUUGUCCAGGAUGAGAUCCUUGCUCACCGCCUGGGGCUCAUCCCCAUUCUUGCUGAUCCUCGUCUUUUUGAAUAUCGGAACCAAGGCGAGGAAGAAGGAACAGAGAUAGACACACUGCAGUUUCGACUGCAGGUCAGGUGUACCAGGAAUCCCAGUGCUGCUAAGGAUUCCUCUGACCCCAAUGAACUCUACGUGAACCACAAAGUAUAUACCAGGCAUAUGACAUGGGUCCCCUUGGGAAACCAGGCUGAUGUCUUCCCGGAGGGCACAAUUCGCCCUGUGCAUGACGACAUCCUCAUCGCUCAGCUUCGGCCUGGUCAGGAGAUUGACCUGGUCAUGCACUGCGUCAAGGGCAUUGGCAAAGAUCAUGCCAAGUUCUCACCAGUGGCAACAGCCAGCUAUAGGCUCCUGCCAGACAUUACUCUGCUUGAACCUGUGGAAGGGGAGGCGGCUGAGGAACUGAGCCGGUGCUUCUCACCAGGCGUGAUUGAGGUGCAGGAGGUGCAAGGUAAAAAGUUGGCCAGAGUUGCCAAUGCUCGGUUGGAUACCUUCAGCAGAGAAAUCUUCCGGAAUGAGAAGCUGAAGAAGGCUGUGCGGCUUGCCCGUGUUCGGGACCAUUAUAUCUGGUCAUUUCAAGGAUAUGAAGCAUAGAUUUGAGCCGGAAGUCAGGAAUAUUGUUCAAGUUGACGAAGGCUGAACCAAGGAGCUGUGUAGCAAGGUCCUCUACAGUGUAGAAAUCCUGCUGCAUGGAAGGGCCUGCCUUCCCCAGGAUGUGGUAACUGUAAGGCAAAGAUCACACUGACGGCUGUGCUCAUUUAUCAACAAGUCUUUAAUAUUUGGUGAACUGAGGCUACAGCUCUGAAUACGAUCUGGACGGAGCCAAGUAUCACUAAACCCCACAACCAAGACCCAAAGACAAAGACCUGGCUAGACGCUCCUCACUGUUCUAUGAGAAAUAUGGAUAUUCCUAUGGCCUGUGAAUACUGCUAUGACUGUUUCUUACAGACUACAGGCAUUAAGGAGCCAGAGCAGAUGGAAUCCCACUUCUCUAACUCUUGAGCCUCAUCAUUAUGCACUAGAAACACACAGUGGGCAUAAAUCUGAAGUCAUGGCUAGGACUGUGAGGUGCAUGCAACAAUUAAUAUCUAAUGCAGGAAGGCAGGUAGCUCCCGUGGACUUAACACUGCUACCAACUUGCCUUACCUCACCUCUACACUACAAUUCUGAUCCAAAGUCUCUGUGUUGCCAUUCCUACCAAGG